AAAGAAGCGACGUACCGUUUUAGGGCUUAGCUUGGGUUCCCUUGGAUCUUCGUUCCACCUUCACACUCCCCUCCAGUGUUAGCUCUUCAGAAGAAGCUUCUGCUUCCCCCAUUUUCAUCUCAGCGGCAACGGUUUCACUUUCAUUCACCCGAGAAAGAUAUUUGCGUUUUUCUCUAAACUCUCUCUUUAUUCAAAAUCUGUUGGUUGAAAAUGGAGGAACAUGAAAAUGGCGCGAAUGGCACCGAGGACGAAGCGUUGAUAGGACCUGGUCCAGCCCCACGCGCUCGACGCAAGCGACCUCUUCAGUUCGAGCAGGCCUACCUCGAUGCCUUACCCUCUGCUAACAUGUACGAGAAGAGUUAUAUGCAUCGUGACGUGGUUACGCAUGUCGCUGUUUCAGCUGCUGAAUUUUUCAUUACUGGAAGUGCCGAUGGGCAUUUGAAGUUUUGGAAGAAAAGGCCUAUUGGUAUUGAGUUUGCCAAACACUUCAGAUCUCAUCUUGGUCCAAUUGAAGGUCUAGCUGUUAGUGUUGAUGGUCUGCUUUGCUGUACGAUAUCAAAUGACCGUUCUGUAAAAAUAUAUGACGUAGUCAACUUUGACAUGAUGGUCAUGAUACGCUUGCCAUAUGUCCCUGGCGCUGUUGAAUGGGUUUACAAACAAGGGGAUGUCAAAGCAAGGCUUGCCAUUAGUGAUAGGAGCUCAUCUUUUGUGCACAUAUAUGAUGCGCGAGCAGGUUCAAAUGAUCCUAUAAUCUCCAGAGAGAUACAUAUGGGUCCUAUUAAAGUUAUGAAGUACAAUCCCGAGUAUGAUUCUGUACUUUCGGCAGAUGCAAAGGGGGUCAUUGAAUACUGGAACCCUACUACACUUCAAUUCCCAGAGAAUGAGGUCAGUUUUAAACUGAAAAGUGAUACUAGCCUCUUUGAAAUUGUAAAAUGCAAGACUUCUGUAUCAGCUAUUGAGGUCAGUCCAGAUGGAAAUCAAUUUUCCAUUACAUCACCUGACCGUAGAAUACGUGUGUUUUGGUUCAGAACUGGUAAACUAAGACGAGUUUAUGAUGAAUCCCUGGAGGUUGCUCAAGAUCUUCAAAGAAGUGAUGCUCCGUUAUACCGGUUGGAAGCCAUUGAUUUUGGUCGAAGAAUGGCUGUUGAGAAGGAAAUCGAGAAGACAGAAAGUGCACCACUUCCAAAUGCUGUUUUUGACGAAAGUUCCAAUUUUCUUAUAUAUGCAACCUUGCUUGGGAUCAAAAUUGUUAAUUUACACACCAAUAAAGUUGCUCGAAUACUUGGAAAGGUGGAGAAUAAUGAUAGGUUCUUACGAAUAGCUUUAUAUCAAGGUGAUCGAAGUAGCAAAAAAGUAAGAAAGAUCCCUUCAGCAGCUGCAAAUGCUAAUGAGAGCAAGGAGCCUUUGACAGAUCCCACUCUCCUGUGUUGUGCCUUCAAAAAGCACCGGAUAUAUUUAUUCAGUCGAAGAGAGCCAGAGGAGCCUGAAGAUGCAACUAAGGGAAGAGAUGUGUUCAAUGAAAAGCCACCUGCUGAUGAACUUUUGGCAGUUUCAGAUAUUGGAAAGGCAGUUACAACAUCCCUUCCCGACAACGUGAUUCUACACACCACUAUGGGCGAUAUUCACAUGAAAUUGUACCCAGAGGAGUGUCCAAAAACUGUGGAGAAUUUCACAACUCACUGCCGAAAUGGCUAUUAUGACAAUCUUAUUUUUCAUAGGGUCAUCAAAGGCUUCAUGGUACAAACAGGUGAUCCUUUAGGAGAUGGCACUGGUGGGCAGUCUAUUUGGGGGAGAGAAUUUGAGGAUGAAUUUCAUAAAAGUUUGAGGCAUGAUAGACCUUUCACAGUAUCAAUGGCAAAUGCUGGCCCAAAUACAAAUGGUUCUCAGUUCUUUAUCACCACAGUGGCUACUCCAUGGCUGGACAACAAGCACACUGUAUUUGGUAGAGUUGCGAAGGGAAUGGAUGUUGUACAGGCUAUAGAAAAAGUGAAGACAGACAAGACAGACAAACCAUAUCAAGAUGUUAAAAUUCUUAAUGUAACAGUACCAAAGUCUUGAAGGUCUUUGGUCUCUAUGACUGAGGUGAUAGGUGGCUGAAAAAGUUUUAACAGGAUAAUUUUAAAUUUAUUCCCUGAGAUCAUCAACCUGUAGCUUCAUAGGUUUCCUCUGAACCGAGGCAGUUAUUCUUCACGUACAAUACUAACUAGAGGUGGCCGUUGUUUUUCAUGGAUACUUUUCCUUCAGAGGUUCCCUCUUCCUUUAUGACUUAUGGCUAAAACUUACGGAAGCCGUCUUCUGUUUUGCUCUGCCAGUUUAAUGUGCUUUGCAUGCCUAAGGAAUGCAGUUAAGCAAUAUUACUGUUUGACGUAUAAUUUUCUGAUGCUGUACUUGAUGUAUGAUAUCCCUGCCUUAUUAGUACCAUUUUUAAAUGUGGUAUAAAUUGUUUUGCUGAAAAAUUGAUUUCAAAAACUUUAAUGAAUUGUGUCAUUGCGGGUUUUUCUUUUCUCUACUAUCUUUUCGAAUUACUUU